AUGAUUAAGAACAUCGCCCUUUUGGGCUUUGCCUCCGUGGCAUUCGGUGCCAUGGCGCCGCCAGCUUACGGUGAAGCGCCACCGACUUACGGUGUAGCGCCACCGACUUACGGCGAAGAGAAAUCGAGCAGCGUUCCUGUUCUGCCCUCGACCAGUGCCAGCUCGAGCUCUACUUCGUUCUCUAGCAGCAUUCCGCCCAAGCCCGCGCAGAGCACCUGCACAUCAAGUGUGCCAGCGCCACCGGCUUACACUCCACCGGCACCAAGCUCUACCACGGAGAAGCUGACCACGUCCACGUCCGUCAGCACGACUUCGGCCACUCCCUCUUCGUCUCAGCCGCCAAAGAGCUCAUCGACAAGCCUUUCAAGCUCUUUGUCGAGCUCUUCCUCUGCAAGCAAGACCAGCACUGUCCCACACUCGCCAGAGACGACUGCUCCUGCACCAAGCUCUUCGACGACAUGCAGCGAAGAGGAAAGCACCACUUCCGUGCCGGGAAAGCCAACAACCAGCCAGGGCACCACUACCGAGAGCAAGCCAGCCCCAACCACGAGCUCUAGCUCCGCUUCCUCCACUUCGAGUGUCCCAGAAACAACAUCCGCCAUCACCACCGCUUCCCUCACGACCUGCAUCGAGACCACUGCGAUCACAACCGGCACUACUACUCUUGUCACCACGUACACCACCGUUCGCACUCUCACCAAGACUAUCCAGACCACCGUGACGCUCCCAGGAACUGAGACCAAGACGCUCCCAGCCAGCGAGACUACCCCAGCCCAAAAGCCAUCGACCUCCGCUUCGGAGUCGAAGAGCACUUCGGCUACCACACCAAACUCGCCAAAGGAGUCCAGCACUAAGCCAACUGCCCCAGCUACCAACCCAGGUCCAUUAGUCACCACCAAGACCGUCUACAGCACGUGGGUCAGCACCGUUCCAUGCGAGGCAUGCAAGGAGAAGACCACCGUUAUCACCCAGACUGUCCCAGUCACUGCCCCAUACCCAACUGGUACCGCACCGACCGCACCUGGCUACGGCCCCCCAUCUGGCAGCGCUUCCGUGCCACCAGCUUCAUCUACCGCCGCAUGCCCAGCACCAGGUACCAACGACAGCCAAGGUCGUUACUCCUGCAACCCAGCACACACUUACCCUAAGGGCCAGCAGUGCCAGAUGGUCGACGGCUGCUACUUCCUCACUCAGCCAGGCCCAGGUGUUAGCGCAACUCCUUCCGUUGCCACCACACCAAACAGCCCGGUCCACCCAUCUGAGACGCCAUCGAAGCCAACCGCUCCAGGUUACGGUCCACCAUCCGGCACCGGAUCGCAGCAGCCACCAGCUUCCCCAUCUGCUGCAUGCCCUGCUCCAGGUACCAACGACAGCCAAGGUCGCUAUUCUUGCAACCCAGCUCACCAGUACCCAGCUGGUCAACAGUGCCAGAUGGUCGACGGCUGCUACUUCCUUACCCAGCCAGGCCCAGGUGUCAGCGCAACUCCUUCCGUUGGCACUGCGACCACCAUGGCAUACAAGCCAUCGCAGCCACCGACUCCUCCAACAUACAACGGCAACACCCCCAAGUCCCCAGUGAACCCGCCAACUUACGGCAGCGGUAACGGCACCACGCCAGUCCACCCAAGCGGAACUGGCGCUGUCCCAUCCGCCACGGGCACCUUCCCAGCCACAUACACUGGUGCCGGAUCUGCCACGAAGCCAAUCAUGGCUCUCAUCGCCGGUGCAGCUGCCUUUGUCGCACUUGCCUAA